UCAGCGCGAGAAACAGUUUGUCAAAGUUCAUCUUGCAUAACUGAAUUGGAUCUUCGAUCUUAUUUUUUUUCAUCGAAAAAAACGCUAUCACUUUCCUUCGGUUUGGAUUGAUCGCAUACGGAAAUAAUCAUGAAGUAUAUCGUAUUUGCGCAAGUGUUGUCCUUGGUUUUGUUGAUCGCCUUGGCCUUUCCACAAAACGACCGGUCGAGCGGGAUUUCUGGUAAUUCCAAUAAUCCAACAACCAGUACCACGCCAACAACCGAUUGUCCUUGUAUAGCUACUGCAGAGUACAAUCCAGUAUGUGGCACUGAUAAUGUUACUUACUGGAAUAUGGGUAGAUUUAACUGCGCAAAACAAUGUAAUCCAGGGCUCGAAGUAAGGGUAAUUAGAGCUUGCGAGCCGUAUAGCCAACUGAGCAGUAAUUGAACCGGCAGUUUAUUAUAUUCUUCAUACAAUUUAUAUUGUAUGGCAGCAUAUAUAUACAUACAUACAUACAUACAUACAUACAUAUAUACAUACAUACAUACGGUCGUUUCUUAUGUGUAUUUAUCGUGCUAACGAUCGUAAAACAAUGAUGCUUGCAGUUAUGUCAUCGUUUCUUAUCGUGUAUUUUUAAAUAAUAUAAAGAAUUUGGAGAAUUUUAAUAUCCUACAAAAAUACAUACAUACAUACACACACACAUAUGUAUAACUUAAAAUAACUGACUGAAAUGUAACGUUAAGCUUAAAAAAGAUUAAUAAUUAUUGAUCAGAGAAGAAUAAGUUGGAGAGGUUCAUUAAACAACCUGCAAUCAUUAUCAUUUUUCCUUCGAGAACCUUUCCUUCAAAAAUUUGUAGAAGAAACUAAAAUCGUGAUUGCUAACAGCCACAACUGAUUAUUUGAUCUGCGUUCAUAAACUUUCCCAACAAUAGCGUAUGUAAUUAAUUUCUAUGAUUCAUGUGUUUCUUAUUGUUGACCUUGUAGGCAUAACGAGUCUUCUUGUCAGAAAGCUUGACAAUUAGCAUCUGGUGAAUAGUUUAUAUAACAUUACUCUGGGAAAAUCCAGUUUAUUUAUUAUUAUUACAUAUAUACGGUCGUUUCUUAUGUGUAUUUAUCGUGCCAAUGAUCGUAAAAUAAUAAUGCUUGCAGUUGUAUCAUCGUUUCUUCUCACCGCACGUGGAUAAUAAGUGGACCAUGACUGUGUAUUUUUAAAUAAUAUAAAGAAUUUGGAGAAUUUUAAUAUCCUGCAAAAAUACAUACAUACACACACAUA